AUGAAGAAACAAUCUGAUCUUCGAAAUAUGUUCAAAAGGAUGAAAUCUCAUGAUAGUUCAAGUUCUUCGGCUCCAAAUGAUAAUACGUCUCCUUCAAAUGCUAAUGCGUCUCUGGCUCCUCCCAAUGUUACUAUGACUCCUUCAAAUGUUAGUGUGUCUCCGACUCUUUCAAAUGUUACCGUGACUCCUUCAAAUGCUAGUGUAUCUCCGACUCGAAGUGUCCCAUUAGAGGAAAAAGAAUUGAUUUACGAUGUUGAAAAACUUAAUCAUGAUCCUGCAAAAAGAGAUAGUAUAAUGACAUAUCCUCCAAAUGAGCGAGAUGCAGUUAGGAGAGCAUACAUUCUUAAAAAGCCUUGUCAACCAAGAUCUCACAACUUUCCUAGAAAAAAAAUUGGAGGACGUCGAUUUAUGCCUUAUUGGUUCGAUACAUGGGAUUGGCUUGAAUAUAGCACAACAGAAGAUGUUGCAUUUUGUUUUGUUUGCUACUUGUUUAAGAAUGAAGUUGGACUUACUGCGGGGGGAGAUGCAUUUGUGAACAAAGGAUUUAAGUCAUGGAAUAAGCCGGACAGAUUUACGAAGCAUAUUGGUGGAAUAAAAAGUGCUCACAAUCUUGCUUAUGAGAAAUAUGUGAACUUAAGAGAUGGCAAAAAAAAUUCUAUUCUUGUUUCUCUUGAUAAUGCCACCGAGGUGACCAUAAAAGAAUAUGACAUUCGCUUGAAGGCUUCAAUUUCAUGUUUGCGUUAUCUACUGCGGCAAGGUUUGGGCUUUCGUGGACAUAGAGAAAAUAGUGAAUCCCUUAACAGAGGAAAUUUUCUUGAACUUUUGAAAUGGUUAAGGACACAUAAUGAAGUUGUUUCAAAAGUGACUUUGGAAAAUGCUCCUGGAAAUUGUCAAUUGAUAUCUCCAACUAUUCAAAAGGAUAUUAUCAAUUGUUGUGCUAAAGAAACAACUAAGCGAAUUGUGGACGAACUUGGUGUUGACUAUUUUGCUAUAUUAGCUGACGAAUCAAGUGAUGUGUCCCAAAAGGAACAAUUAUCUCUUUGCCUACGCUACGUUCAAAGAAAAACGGGACAGGUAGUUGAAAGAUUCAUUGGUCUUGCUCAUGUUGGUGAUACCACUGCUUUAUCUCUUAGAAGUGCAAUCAUAUCAUUGUUUAUUGAACAUUCAUUGAGUCCAUCUAAGAUUUGA